UGUGAAUGCCGAAUUAAAGAAUGGUUCCCACUGACUCGACCGAGGUCUUCAAUGAUAAUUCAUUUGACUUGUAACAAACACUGCUACUGUUAAUGGACGACAGACUGAUAAGUGGAGUUUAGUAUAUUGGUGUCGCCGUAUGAAAAUGACACGUCGCGGGUGGACAUGUGGAGUCCGUCACCAGUUGCAGACUGAUGGUGUUUAAAGUUCAAGGAAUGAGCUGUUGGUUUACUAUCGCAUAUUAUAGCUAAUACGAUAAUUACGUCAACAAUAAUGUCAACUAGUUAAUGGGGUUAGCCAAGAUUGGAUAUAUAACGUAGUUAGCCAAGAUUGGAACUUACCCACACAACCAUCUGGUGAGUGUCACCGUUUCCUCAGCUACCGUACUGAAAUCAGUUAUGGGUGUUAGGAAGGAGUGCAGAUUGAGUUUGGAGAUGACCUUUCUACAGUAGCUGUCUGCACUGGACAGCUGAUCCUGGCAGCCCUGUAUGGCGUGCCCAGUCCAGUUCAUCUGCAGGGCGUUUCGCACUGUUGGAUUAGUUCUCCUCUACUAUGUCUUCUCAAUAGGCAUCACCUUCUAUAACAAAUGGCUAAUGAAGGGCUUCCACUAUCCCCUCUUCAUGACGUUAGUUCACCUCGCCCUCAUAUUUUGCCUGUCGGCCCUGACUCGAUGGGCCAUGCAGAGCUGGACAGGGAAACCCCGCAUCAUUCUGAGCUGGACAGAUUGCUUCAGAAAAGUGGCUCCCACAGCCUUGGCAACAGCACUGGAUAUCGGUCUUUCCAACUGGAGUUUCCUCUUCAUCACCAUUAGCUUGUACACCAUGACCAAAUCUUCAGCAGUUCUCUUCAUCCUCUUUUUCUCUCUGGUCUUUAAACUAGAGGAGCCGAACCCAUUCCUGAUCCUGGUGGUCCUGCUGAUCUCCUGCGGUCUCUUCAUGUUUACAUUUAAGUCGACUCAGUUCAACCUGGAGGGCUUCACCAUGGUGCUCAUGGCGUCAUUUAUAGGGGGGAUCCGUUGGACCCUCACUCAGGUCCUCAUGCAGAAAGCAGAGCUGGGUCUUCAGAACCCAAUAGAUGCCAUGUACCACCUACAACCUAUCAUGUUCCUUGGCCUCUUUCCCCUCUUCCUCUAUAAUGAAGGGUUGAGCCUCUGUACCUCAGAGAAGUUGUUCCGGGUGACAGAGCUCUUUCCUCUCCUGUAUUCACUCUUCUUACUGAGUAUUGGUGGUGUGCUGGCCUUCGGUUUGGGCUUCUCAGAGUUCCUGCUAGUCUCCCGAACCUCCAGCCUCACUUUAUCCAUAUCAGGGAUUUUUAAGGAGGUGUGUACUCUCAUUCUGGCAGCAGCUCUGAUGGGAGACAAAAUGAGUGCUCUUAAGUGGCUGGGAUUCGUCGUGUGUCUGUGUGGCAUUUCAUUGCACGUGGGACUCAAGACAUAUUAUUCCAAAAAUAAGGGCCCUUCUUUAAGGCAGCUCAACAGUAAGAGCCCAGAGCUUGAGUUGCCAUUACUGCGGCAAAACGGAGACGAAAGAGAGGAUUCAGCCGCCGAUGAAGACGAGGAACAAGAGAUUACUCUGCACUGACAUCACAGGAUACGAGCCAGUGAGGUCCAGACUGUCUCAUCCUACACUUCUUCAGACUGUUUCAACAGUGACAUCAGAGAUAUGCUUCAGAGCUUCCAAAAAACAGUUUUAUUUGCAACAAACUGCCACAAAAGAGGGAACAGCCUCUCUCUCUCUCUUCAGCUCUUUUCUUCCACAGAUCAUGUGUUUAGGCCAGGCCAGGUCUUCAUUAUGAGCUGUACUUUACCUGUGAACUUGACACAAGUUAUGAUCUUUUGCCUGAGGGGAACUCAAAAGAUUUUUGCUAAUACAUGCAAGUGUCAACAAAGUAUGAUGUAUGGAAAGAGAGUAUUACAGCUUUAAAGGGAUAUUUCUGACACUUGAAUCGUAGUGGGUCAUUUUUCUUUGCUGUAUACUUGUCACACUGCGGAAAUGUUUUUCUUACUCUGUUAUAGAGUAUAUACAUACUGUAUGUGUGUAUCUGUAACAGUCCAGUGGUACACGUACCUACAGUAUAAACUGUCAGGAGAGUGUCUGGUAGAGAAAAAUCAACUAGAUUGAAAGUGUCCUGGUAUCUCUGUGAUGCAGACUGAGAGCUGUGCUAAUCCAACUUCACAUUACAUGGUUUCUUUCCCUAAAGUAUAAAGCCAAUUCCCAAGAAAAGGACAUCUUUAAAUCAUGUUUAUGUAUAAACCUGGAUUAACAGUGGUUCUAUGAUACAGUUACUCACAUUCCUGUUUUUGCAGAUGUCUAUUUUGUGGGCAGAUAUUAAAGCUAACACACAAUUUAAUAUGAAUACAUCAACAUGAUCUGUAGGGCUCCAACUAAUAUUGUCAUUAUUGAUUAAACUGCAUAUUAUUUUCUCAAAUAAUCAUUUUAUAUAUGAAAUUCAGGAAAAAAUUUAAAAAAUGCCCACCACAAUUUCCUAAAGUCACUUCUUCAAAUUCCUCGUUUUGUCCAAAAUCCAAAGAUAUUUAGUUGCUAUCACACAAAACAAAGAAAAGCAUCACAACCUCACAUUUAAGAAGCUGGACCUUGGUAAUGUUUGGCAUUUUUGCUUGAAAAAAAGAUUAAAUGAUUGAUAAAUGAUCAAAAUGGUUGCAGAUGGAUAAAUGUAUUAACUGUUUCAGCUCUAGAGGUCUGCUUCAUGUAAUCAUAAGUAAGUUGAGGCCCCUAGUGUGAAAAAAAUAAGUGAUAUCAAGCUGUAUGAGUAAGACUUCUAAAUAGAGGUGAAGUCCUGAGAGUUAAAUAGACAUGUUGUAUGUGUAUUGCAAAGGUUACCAGGUGACAGAAAGGCUCUGAAUGUGACUUUACGGUGUUCGUCCUAAUAUUGAGACAUGUCAUGAGACUAUAGUCAGUUUUAAUUAAAUCUACUACUUCAAAAGCUAGCUCUGCUAACUGAAAAUGAGGCUUCCAAUGAAUUUAAAUCAUGAGUGGCAGGGUCAGAGACUAUUUAUUGAAAUUGUAGGAUAACGGUCAUUAUUUGAAGUGAUGUGAAAUGACUCCCUUAAUGUGCCUUUUUAACACCACAGCAGUCAAGAAGACUAUUUUAAACAGCUAUUUUCAAAAGCCAUUAUGAUUGAAUCAUUGAUUCUGUAGCUGUCUAUCAGUAAUGAUGUAGCUCUUGUUCUUGCGUUUAAAGCCAUUUAUGGAAGAAAACGUUUUUGAAUUUUUUUUUUUUUUUGGUCAUGUUUUGUAAAAUGCAGCAUUGUUGUGAUACAGAGAAAUAAAGUGGAAGAAGAAGGAAAUUUCAAAUGUU